AUGGCCGACAAGCUCCGCAACCAGCAAGAACUCGAGCGCCUGCAAGCCAAGUAUAUUGGCACAGGACACCCCGACACGACGAGUUGGGAAUGGAAGACCAACAUCUACCGCGACACCUACUCCUCUAUUGCCGGCCACCCACCCAUGCUCUCCUACAUGGCUUUGGCAGAGAACGAGCCCACGCAGCUCCUUAGAGCCAGACUGAUUCGGAAAAUGAUGCAACCAGCUGGCCCGCCACCAGUACGCGAAGAUUAA